CGAUGCUCAACGGAAUACACGACUAUAAAAAGGAAUUUGUGCUCUCCCACACAUUUAAAAAUGUAUCAAAGAUGAAAAUCGAUAAAUCUUUGAUUAGUCCCGUUAAAAAACAUGCCAACUUCGAUUGGUAUCUGUCAAUUAAUCACAAUGGAGAUGAUUUGGGAAUGUACAUACACUGCAAGCAAUCAAAAAACGACGGUGUCAUUUGGUUUAUUGAAGCCGAAAUCGAAAUGACACUCGACGGGCGGUUCAUUAAAUCCACGACGAAGCGGGGCGAAUUCAAAUUUUCGACAAACGCGCCAUUUUCACACGGAUUCCGUAAAUUUAUCAGCUGGAACAAGUGUGUGUACCGGAUUGGUGACAGUUUCAACGCAAAAGUCUCCGUAAAGAUCCGAAAAGCGAUUGGAAAUUGCAAAAGUGUGCUGAGAAGCUUUGAUAAAUCGAAUGAAAUCGGAUUGGAAGUGCUUAUUGAAACUUAUUGGGCGGAAUAUUACGUUAUGAGAGAGGUGCUAACUACUCAAUCUGCAUAUUUUAUGGAUCUUCUCAAAGAUCCUGGGAUUUCGAAAGUGAAGCUAGAUGGCGACGAUCUUACAGAAUUUCAGAAUCUUCUGGAGGUUCUGCACGGAAUGCCUGCCAUUGAUGAAAACACCGUCGUCGGAAUCCUUCACCUGGCUACCGAUUAUAAAAUGCCACUUCCAAUUCAAAAGUGUGAAGAAUUUUUGACAAAUAAGAGCACGAAAUCCACGAAUCGAAAACUGAAAAUUGCCAGUGAAUACAGGCUGGACAGUUUGAAGGUCUUAGCGACGCAUACCAGCUACUUCAAGGAUCGCCAUGUCACACUUCAGAACAUCAGCGCAGCGGAUUUUCAGAAUCUUUUGGAGGUUAUAUACGGAGAAUCUGACGUUGAAGACCACACCGCCCACGCAAUUCUCUACCUGGCUCACAAGCUUGAGAUGAAGCUUAUAGUCCAAAAAUGUGUGGAUUUUUUGCUCCAAAUCUCCGAGAGCACGAUCCACGCGGUCAUUCACUUGGCUUGCAGGCUUCAAAUUCAUCGUCUACACCAAAAAUGCGCGAAUUUUUUGAGCGAAAAAUCGGAAAAUUUCAACGAUGAGCUUACGAACUACCAACUGGAGAACCUUGUGAAUAAUUGCAUCGAAAAAAUCGACUCAAUCGAUAAUAUCAAAGCGAAAUUGGCUGCUGGCUGGAAGGAUUCAAUUUUGUUGGCGGAUCUUCUUGUGAUAUCAUUGGAAAUUUACUAAUUUGUGAAUAUACUUACUUUGUAUAUAUUUAUUUGCAUGAUAUAUUUUUUAUCACUUUGAAAUGACAUAAAUUUUGCUUCAAAAUAAUUAAA